UUGUGAGCGAUGGAGACAUUUUAAAAAAAAACAUACAGCUAACUGCUAAACAGGGCUCGCGGAGCUGCGAGUCUUCUGCGUCAAAAAACAUUCAAAUUCUUCCAAGUUGUAAAUAAGUCAAGUGCAUUCAGCGGUGCACAGUUUACAUAUCACAUAUCAGAGAGGCUGCACGUUACUGAAGAUGUCGAGUGUAACACUUGGAAAAGAAGAAUAUAAGUAACUCUGCGCAGGUGAGGUCCUGUCCAGGGACAUUGGUCCAUGCUUGUUGGACCUUUGGCCGCUGGGCUCAACUAGCAUGAAGAUGGCUGACUCAGAAAAGGCAGAAGAAUUUGUAGAUGCUGAGUGCCCCUCAGAGUGCCUUGAUGAAGCUCAAUCAGCCACAGCUUCUGUUCAAGCAGAGCAGGAUGAGCAUCUGAAAACAGAAACCACUACCAGUACCAGUUCGCCCCCAAGGGAAAAGGAGGCUGACAGCCCCUUGAAUACAGAGGGUGAGCAGAGUCUCCUGUCCAUGCCAUGCUUGAUGAAGGAGCUACGCAGAGACUCACCAGAGUCUCAGCAUGCCUCAACAGGAAGCGACAAACCCGUGUCUCGUCAUAUCUACGAGAGUGACUCCUCGAACCCCUGCAUGCUCUCGCCUUCAUCCAGUGGCCACCUGGCUGACUCUGAUACACUCUCCUCAGGGGAAGAAGGUGCUGCUCCUCCCAUAGGAGAAGAGGAAGAAGGCAGCAUGGAAGCUACAGGUGAUCCUGGGCAGGCAGGAGGAAUGCAAGCAUCUGCCACAGUUGCAGGGGGGAGGAAGUCUCGACGGUCACGUUCAGAGAGUGAGGUGCCUCCAAAUACGAUGGCUGCAAAGAAGAACCGCUGCCAGCCCACCAUGAUAGCAGCCGCAGGAGGCCAGGAAAAACAAACCAAUGGCAAGUUUUCAAAAGUGAAAGGUCACCGCAGUCAGAAACACAAGGAGCGCAUGCGCCUGCUGAGGCAAAAACGAGAGGCAGCAGCACGGAAGAAGUACAACCUGCUGCAGGACAGCAGUACAAGUGACAGCGAGCUCACUUGUGACUCCAGCACCAGCUCCUCCGAGGAUGAGGAUGAUGACACCUCAGGGGGUAGCAAGACAAUCAAGACAGAUAUUCCAGCUGGCUUCAGACGUGCUUCGGAGAGAUCCAGAGUGGGAUCCCAGAUUCAUGGGUUACUGGACAGCGGCUCGUGGGACAGGAACGGCAUCGGCAGCGUUCUGGAGGAGGCCAUGACGCGCUUUGCUGUGAUGCAGCGUCAGACUGAGGAGCGCUUCCGCGUCUGGAUGGAAAAGCUUGCACACCUCGACUCGGACAACGAUUCUUCCAAGCGCUCAAGUGACGGCCCAGAAGGGCAGCAGCAGCCCUCACAGGGGGCACGGCCUUCCCCCCCAAGCUCAUUUUUGCCAUCUUCAGAGUCUGCAGAGACUAUGGCUGCCUACAUGUUGGCACGAGAGAACAACAGUCUCACCCACACCCCUAUAAACAACAACAACAACAUCCACCCUGAAGUUGUCACUCAGAAUGGAAAUCUAGGUGUUCCAGACCCUGGUCUCUUGAAUGUUUAGAUUUCACUUCUGCUUCACCCCUCGCAGUUUCUUACUUUGAUCUCGGCAAGUGUAGAGAUAGUUAAGGCAGAAAGCAAUGGGGUAUACCCGUUCAAGGAUGUGAGGGCACUAAACAGAAACACCACCAGCAGCAGCAGCUGGGCCUGAACUGGUCAUUUGAACUUGACUCUGUGCAGACCAGGGGCCCGUGCUAUGAAGCAGGUUUAACAUGUCUUCUUUAUAUGGCUUUAUUAAGCCUAGCAAAAACAGUCACAUGGAGUCUGGUUAUCGGUUGGGGGUUUUUUUUGUUUGUUUGUUUUAAUUAAACCCAGCUAUGAGCAUUUUCGCAUAACAUGCGUGAUGGUGGCACCAGAUGACCAACUGCAAAGACUAUGGGACUAUAGCCACUUAAAGUCGGAACAAACAGUAAUCCUGAUAUGAAGAAAAUUAAAAAUGUAAUCCAGGCAAAAAGCCAGGAGGAAAAAUUGGCAUAAAAUUGCAUGUUGUGUGAAUGUGCAAUUUACUAAAAGGCCCAUUAGUGAUGAUGCUCCAUCACUGACAAACAAGAAAAUAUAACUAGAAUUACAAUUAUGCAUUUCUUCAAAUUCAUGUGUUACCUGUGGUUGUUUAUUUAGAUAAUUUUAGCUCUGUUGUUUCAGCUACAACCCAGGUAAUGUUAAAUCGAAUGACAUCAGGUAAAAUAUUUUUUUUAAAUUCUUGCUAAUUUUAUAAGGUCAAAAGCACUGGAAUUUAAUCAGUUAAAGAGUCUUGAUUUAGCAUUAUAUUGCUAUAAAAAGACAUAUGGAAAGAAGAAAUGGGCUCAAAUGCUCACAGGCAUAAGUGAAAUAAAACCCGCUCAGUGCAUGUGCUGUACAGCCCAAAGGAGUUUCACAAAAGACAACCAAUUGGUCAGUAGUUGGUGCUUUAUAUACGUUCAUCUGUUAUGUUGAACAUGACUACUCAGGAGGUCGUGUAUUUUGGUGUGGUCUAAUGUGGCAGUGUACCUGCAGAAAGAACUGAAUUUGGAAGCGGGGGAACCCUGAAAACCUGAAACGAGCUUGGAAUCCUGCUUUGUAGCACGGGCCCCUGAGGCUCAGCAUGUGUGCUGGCACUGAAUCACUGUGAGAUUUGACACUGAGAAAAAUUCAACUCACCUAUUUGAUUUCUGCAGCAUCUGUGACACGGAAACAUGGCUUCUCAAUAGACUGAGUCAGGGCUCUUAUUGUAUUGCUUUGCUUUCUUUCUUUCGUUUUUUCAGCACCAGCUGAAUACCCUCUUUGACACAUACAGAGUAACUUUUUUAUUUCUUUCAUUCAGCAUAUGAACUAUAAUGAUGGGUAGCCAUCAUUACAGUGUUAAGUGGGGUGCUGCUGUGUAAUAGCAUGUGCCUUGUCAUUCCGAACUCAUGCUGGGAAUGAUGGGUAAAGCAUUAUAGUGCUGUUUCCUUAAGAAUCAGGUUUACCACUGCAUACCCCCCGUUUGUCUUGAACUGUUUGCACUUUGCUUGUAAACAGUUCAGGAAAAUCUUGUGACAACCUUUAUUUUGGUGGCAUAGCUUUACUAACAGAACAUUUAAACAUAGAUAUGCCUAUAAAUAUAAACACAAUAUACUAACCCACACAAUUUCUUGCUUUUUUAAAAAUCUAUAUUAAGGAUUAGACGUGUUUACAUUUUUAAAUAAAGGCCUUUCUGUUACAUUUGCUGCUGGCGCUGCAUUUGCGCAGUAACAUGAAACGAGUGAUUGAGGAAUCUGGAAAAGAAAACUCCUUGUGGUUAUUUUAGUAGCUUAGGUGUAGAUUUUGAACAUCAUAUAAGGCAUGGGUUCCUUUGUUGUGGCUAUUGGCUGCAUUGGCCUCAAAUCUUCAGUCAUAUUAUAGUAAUGGGUAUUUGUCUACUUCAAUUUUUGUUUGCACUGGUCUGCCAGUUUAUCCAGUGUCCCCACCAGGCACUGCGUAUUCGCAUCUUGACUUUAAACUGAAAACCCAGGCAUCAAACGUGCAGAUAUAGAGCAGUAAUACAGCUGCAGUAUGGUGCAUGGCAAUGUUUACGGAUUUUUUUCUAAUUAAAAAAAGAAAAGAAAAAGUGAGAUCUAUGUGAUCAAGUGGCCUUCUGGUUCACAUCCUGUGGUCUUUGAAAGGGGGGAGGAAACAAUCCUCCUUGAACCCCCCCUCCCUCCCUCCCCCCACACUGUUUUCACUGAUGUAGAUGACCAUUUGGGUCUUAUUUCUAAACACUGCUAACAACCAUCACAGAGACUGAUGAAGGAAUCUUUGGCCUGAUCAUAUUUAAAGUUAAGAUGUUAAAAAGUGUUCUCUAUAUGUGUAUAUGUAGCCCUAUGACUGUCAUUUUUACAGAGCCUAAAGCUAAGCGACGUGUUUCCCCCACCUGUUUGCAUGCGAGUAUAUUAGUAUAUAGAAUGUGCAAGGCCAAAUUAGUUUACAUCAGCAGCACGUGUGCAAGCUAUAGCUUUUCCUUAUGCUGAUAAAUGGUGACUGACGGGACAUUUUAUCUAUAUUUUAUUUUCCUUUUGAUUGUUUUCCCUUGACCUAAUGGUUUCAUAUUGUGUGAAGAUUGCUUGUUUUGUAAUGCGUUCCUUUGCCAUUACGGAUUUAAAUAGAUCCAGCGUCAGCUCUCCUGUACUCCUUAAAACUAGACUUUUAAAUCAACAGUUUUGUCAGCACAGUAACGAGAGCCUGUGCAUGAAAUCAAAAUGUGCAUUAAAAACAACAGCAAGGACAGUCCAUUGUUUACCAAAGACACUAACCUGGUCUACAUUAGUGCUUUUCUAUCUCUAAUACAUGGCCUUUAUAUUGGCAAGUGCUUGGUUUCUUUGGUAACCCUAGUAUCUACCUAUAUCAGCUAUUCAUAGGCAGUGUUCUCUCACAGUACAUGCUGUCCAGACAAAACCCCUCUCACACACCCACAGAUGUCUGGAUAGCAGAGUGUGUGUCUGUCUGUGUCUCUCUCUCUCUUUCCCAGGGACUCCUUUUUACAGGGUUGAACAAUUAUGUGCUCCUGCUCUUCUAGUUACACUCCUGUUGUUUGGCUUUGUUUUGUUUAGUUUUUUUGACUAUCCUCACUACAUUUCAUUCACUGAGUAAGAUUAUUUUGAAAUGUGUUUUGUAACGACUGUACUCGAGUGUAGUUUUUAUGUGAAUGGCUGUUAUUUUAAAAAGCAAUAAAUGAAAAGAACAAAAGGUUUGUUGAUGUGCUUCAAAUACAACCAUCAUUUAUAAGAGUAUAAUGCAUUGUUUUAUUUUAGAGUUAAUGUAGACCUUUACUUCAGGAGAAAUGGGGGACCAAUGGGGGUUUUCUUGUGUCUAUUGUAGAUGCUAAGACUUAGCGGGUCUGUGGAAGCAGUGUCCAGUCUCUCAUUCAAACAGAAGUCGCACUAUUCCCAGGCAUGAUUUGAAUAAUGAAG